AUGCCGUCGUCGUUUCUACGACGGCAUGUUCGUGGUCUUCUACGGGGUAAAUUCAGUCCAUCGCCAACUUUCGAUGGUGAUGAUCCACCAACCCCUUUGGACGAUCAGGGGGCUUUUCUUUCACAGUGUCACUUGGCGGGUAUUGAUGGUCGUCGAAUAGAAUUUCCGGAGGUAUACUUUGGUAAAACUGGUCUAGAUAUACCAUGCAUACAACUCGAAUGCUUUAACACUGACGUUUUUGCUAGCUAUACUGGUCCCGAUGGCGGAUUAACGCAGGUUGGAGAAAUGCGACGACAACCGCUAGUACGGAUGGCAAAUUUAGAUGAUGAGAUGAAUCUGUCCAUGGAUGGUACAAGCGAAUAUGAUGAGAGCGAUGAAGAUGAUGAUGGCGAUCAACCGAUUCCAGCGCCACUGCGACGAGAUAAAGAUAAGAAUAGGUAUCUUGUGGCCAUGUGCUUCAUUUUAACCCUUAAAUCACAAUGCCUUGGGCAGACUUUGACCAGCCUUUACAACUGGGAGCUGUUUGAUGAAGAACGGGCUUUUGGUGCCUCCGUGUCACUCUACGAGAAGAAUCCACUAACCGGUGUUAACGCCGGUGAGCCAGUGGCUGAUGUUUGGGGUGUCAUCGGGAGAAGCAACAAUGGGGUGCUAGCUUUGGCGGACGGUGUUAAUUGGGGUGAUGGAGCUCGUUUGGCGGCUCGAUGUGCUGUUCGCGGUGCAAUUGACCACAUGAAUGAGCAUAUCGAAAAAGGAAACCUGAAGAGCACUACGGAAGUGUUUCACGAGCUGUUAGCUUCUUUCCAUUCUGCUCACUCUUUGAUAUUACAAGAAGGUGGUAUGCUGACGACGCUUUGUGUAGGUGUUGUAGCACCGGCGGUGAACUGUGACAGGUACACUCACUGGGUGUUGUGCGUCUGCAAUGUAGGCGAUUCAUUGUGCUUUGUAUACAAUCAAAACUAUGGUGUCCGGGAAGUGACGAUGGGCAGUCAUGAUAUUGAUCAAAUGCGAGAUAUGCGAGAUGCGGGUGGAGCUUUAGGUCCUGUUGAUGGCAGAAAUCCUCAGUUGCAUAAUUUGACGUGCAGCAUGACAUUUGUUGAAGAAGGAGAUAUUGUCUUCAUCACAUCAGACGGUGUAUCAGACAACUUUGAUCCUGUUGUUGGAAAGUUUUGUGUGAUAAAGAGAGCAAAAGUAGAGAAUAAGGAGAAUUCUCAACUUCCCCUGCCUGAUAACCGGAAGCUGUCAGUUGCCACCAAAGACUCACCACCAAGAGAGUUCGCUCGAACGCGUACCUGUGCAGCAACACUGCCGUGCGUUGAUGCAGCAAGUCGCCAUGAAUUGAUGCUGGUUCGAAUGCGAGAUAUCAUCGCUUGUCGCUUUUCGUCUACUCGUGAUUCGCUUUUUCCACGUGUUACCGCUUCUGUACUCUCACAUCGUCUCAUUCAGUUUGCUACUCAUCUAAGCCAGGCAAAACGUCGAACGCUUGAGAAUCCUGAUUUGUAUAGAAAAGAGAAGAUGACGAGAUCUGAGCAACGUUCAAGAAGACGAGCAGUGAGGGAGAAGAUAGCGGAUAUGCCUGGCAAGUUGGAUCAUGCUAGUGUAGUUGCGUAUACCGUUGGAAGACAUGGUUUACGUGGUUUGCCUUCAACUAUCUUUUUCCAUUCCUCUCAUUUUUUUUUUGAAAUCUAG